CUUACUUGCAACGAACGAGCAAGAGUGACACUCAAGAUGAAGUUCUUCGACAGACAUAGCAAAGCACCGGGAACCGAGGCUGCUCUCAGCACCAGCCAUGCAGCUCCCGAGAGUGAUCUUGAAGAGAAACAUGGUUCAACCACAGAUAGUCCUGAGAAUCCCUCGCUCGAGGUCUUGCCAGACCAGGAUGUUCAGGGGGGUGUUAAGAAAGCUCAAGCUAUCACACUCAGCUGGACAAAGAAAGAGUUACUCAUUGCUUAUGCUUGCGUGUUUCUUGUAUUCUUUGUCAAUUCUAUGCAACAGCAGAUCCAAAAUAACCUGGGUGUCUAUGUCACCUCAGCCUUCCUCUCGCUUCCUUUGUAUGGAACAACCUCAAUCGUUUCCGGGAUCGUGGGAGGUGUAAUCAAGCUUCCAGCCGCCAAGUUCAUUGAUUUAAUUGGACGUGCUGAGGGUUUCGCAAUCUUUACCUUCCUUGCUACUAUGGGUCUUGUCAUGAUGGCUGCUUGCCGCAACGUCGAGACAUACGCUGCAGCCCAGGUCUUCUAUUGGGUUGGAUUUAAUGGGAUGGCAUACGUGCUAGACGUCUUCCUUGCGGACACUUCGAGCUUGAAGAAUCGGGCAUUGUGGUUCUCAUUCUCAACGGCGCCAUACAUCGCCACCACUUUCAUUGGUCCACCGGCCGCAUCUUCCAUCUAUAAGACUAGUGGCUGGCCAUGGGGGUUCGGCAUGUUUGCUAUCAUUACACCAUUCAUGACACUCCCAAUUUUCUUCGUCCUGUACCACAACCAGCGCAAGGCAGUCAAACAAGGGGUUCUUGUCAGGGAGAAGAGUGGGCGAAGCUUGGUUCAAAGCAUCGUUUACUACUUCUGGGAGUUCGACAUCAUUGGCCUGCUCCUUAUCAUUGCAGGUUUCUCGCUUUUCCUCCUCCCCUUCUCCCUCGCCUCCUACCAAUACAACUCAUGGGGCUCUGCAACGAUCAUCGCCAUGCUUGUCGUUGGACUCCUAUGCCUAUUCGCCUUCCCUUUCUAUGAGAGGUAUUUGUCCGUUAAAUCGUUCAUCCCGUUCCACCUCCUCACGGAUCGCUCUGUGCUAGGCGCCUGCCUACUUUCAGGUUGCCUCUUCAUCUCUUUCUACCUCUGGGAUUCCACCUUUAAUAGUUACCUGCAAGCUGUUCAUGGUCUUUCCAUCACCAAUGCCGGUUACGUCUACAACAUCUACAGCAUCGGCUCUUGCUUCUGGGGCAUAAUCGUUGGUAUCGCUAUUCGCGUCUCCGGUCGUUUCAAAUGGAUUGCCCUCGCUUCACUGUGUCUUCAAAUUCUUGGUGUCGGCCUCAUGAUUCACUUCCGUCAACCAAGUCAAGGCAUCGGCUAUGUGAUCAUGUGUCAGAUCUUCAUCGCUUUUGGAGGUGGCGCGCUUGUUAUUUGCGAGGACAUGGCUGUCAUGGCCGCUGCUCCUCAGGAGAAUGUCGCUUCCAUGCUUGCACUUAUCGGGCUCUUCACCUCUGUUGGUGGCUCGAUCGGUCAAGCUAUCUCGGGUGCCAUUUACACGAACAAAUUCCCUGCUGCGUUAGACAGAGCACUUCCCGGCAACGCGACGUUGAACGCGCUGUUGUAUGGCAGUUUGACUGAACAGUUGUUGUAUCCGAUUGGCAGCCCCGAAAGAACGGCGGUCAUCUAUGCGUACGCCGAUGCACAGUGGUACUUGACGAUUGUAGGGACCGUGUUCCUGGUUCCGUGCUUUGUAUUCAUUAUUAUCUGGAAGGACUUCAAGGUUAAGGAUCUUCGGAAGGUGAAGGGUCUAGCUGCUUAG